CAACUUCCCGCUCUCUCCCCCAGCCCCCGGUCACACCCUUCUACUUCCUGUCUCUGUGAUGAGCCUGGGUUAGCAUGGCUGGAAGCAGGUUCCAGCAGGGCUUUGCCGCCAUCCCCUACGUGGACAUGCUGUCCUGUGGCACCUGUCACGGCUGAUACAUCUGACCGCAACUUUUGGGUGGAACUGCCCAUGACCACUUUUGCUGGCCUUCCUGUAGAUGAAGACCUGAUUUUACAAACAGGGUAUUCUAAAGACAGAAUUCAUCUUGAACCCACGCCACUCACGUCACUGAGACGUGGCCCCUGUGUGGCAGUGCAGGUGCACGUCAGGAACCCGACUCUGAAACAGAUUUCAUCUGUGGUGCGGCCGGGGCAGCUCAGGGAGCCUCUGUGCCUCAGUUUCCUCAUGUGGAGGUGGAAGGUAAUCACAGGCUUUCCCCUUAUGGGCUUGGCGAGAGGCUAACACAGUUAAAUGCGGAGCACUUAAGAUAGUGGCUGGCGGAACGUGAGGGCUGGAUAAAUAUUACCUAUUAUUAUUCGGUGACACUUUAAUCCAAAGCCUCGUGCUGGUGGAGCAGAUAUUCCAUGGGUAUGAAAUGUUUACCCAAGAACAAGGAAACGAUUUCUUUCAAAAUAAUAGUAUAUUAUAAGUAUUCCCAGAUAAAUUUCUAGUGUGCUGAGAAAAGUCAUUCUCUCUAGGUGGGUCAUUAUCCCAGAAUAUAUUUUAUUCCUAUUUGGGAUUGGACUUCAGUGCUGCCACGGAAAAAAUGCUUCUGCUGAUGCUAGUGGGCUCCUUCCCUUUCUGCAGAGAAUGUAUUCACCUGUGCGUCUUUCCUUUCAGGCCACCAUUGCAGGUAUCGGCUCUGCCGAUUUCCACUUAGGAACCCACUCCCGUAGGGCAGUUAGGUGUUUUUUAGUACAUGCUUUCUUUGUCCCUCUGAAUAUUUUCUUUCCCCUUUUUUUUAUCUCAUUAAUUUAAACACACCCAGCGUUUCUUUCCAAGCAGUUUCAUGAACCAGCGGAGGCAGGCGGAGGAGAGAGACCCGGCGACUCUGGGAGACGUUGGGAGUCGAGGGUCUGAGUUUCCCUUUGCUGGUCUUAGUGAGGAAGGUUUUCCUGUGGGAGCGUUUGGAAUAGGAUUUGUUUCUUUUCUUACACUCCAUGCACGAAUCUUUGAUUUUAAGACCUUUUCCUAGAAAUGGUCGAACCUCGUAUGUUCUCCCAGAAUCCCACCUGCAGUCAGAGCUUCUGGAAGUGUGGUCUCAGGAUCAGACUCAGGGCGCCACACGCCUCCUUGCAGGAGAACUCAAAAGAGGAAUUGUUCUUAGACUAACUGGGAAUUGUUGUUUAUGUGAAAUUUCUAAAAAGGGAAGCAAUGUCUUGUUUAAGGGCUCUGAGUGCCCCCUAAUUAUGUGGAGCAUCCUUCCAGCCUCUGCUUCAGAUCUCAGGGAAAAUUAAUGAAAGAAUGUCAGGGCUCAAACUGGCCCUGUGACUCCAGCCCCUCUUCCAUAUUUUGAGCCAGGAGACUGUAUCUCCAGCUUCACUUGAGGAUACAAAUGAAGAGUGAGAUCCACUCACCUGCUGAAUUCACUUCCCCGGGUGCCCCCAGGCAUCCUGGGCCCGCAGCCUACCUGAGCCCCAUCUCCCGAGUGCUCAAUAAUGCAGCAGGAUUUUGCUCCACCAAAGUGUCACCUGUCUAGGUGAGUUGUGCCAGUGUCUAUCUGAAGUGACAGCCAUCUUUGAGUACCAGCAUCUUUAACUGACUUCUCUUUCAUCAUUUGUGUUGGAAAGGUAACAUUUUCGACAGGGUUGUUUCCUCCUCCCCCGUUCUUGUUUCUGGCCCCUCCCUCCGCCUGCUCCCUCGCCCCCUCCCCACUCUCUUAGUGCACCUGAUCAAAACGUUACCACUGACAAAGGUUUCCUUCUCCAAAUUAAAUGAGUCCAACUAGCCUGGGAAUUUUCAUGAAGAAAGCAAGUGAAGUGCUGAUGUGCGAAGUUAAUGAAUCUGGAAACAGAGAGAACAUUAUUGAGCCUGGAUGAUAUGAUGUAGCAGCAUUCCUCCUCACGCUUCCUGUAAAGAAUAUAUGGAAGUCAGUUAUGUGGCGUGAUUCUAACAUCUGUCCUACCCCAUAAUGGUAAUUUGUAUAAGUAAUGGAAACAGGUUAAAUACUUCCAUUCUAAUGUUGCCAGCAGGGAUGAAAAUGAACAUUUCAAUGAAAUCAUCUCGACAGAGCGGGGCGGGGGCCUGGACUGAUUCAUCUCCACUCCCGUUGGUGAUGGGAGCCCUAAUGAGAAGGCUUGAAUGUAUAGUUUAUCAGAUGCAAGAGGAAGAGCAAGUAAAUCUCUGAGAUUAGAAUCCUGCAGACCUGCUCCGCAUGCGGGGCGCGGUGGCCUCCGUCGCAGACCUCUGCUAAUAACACGCUCUUUUCAUUCUGAGGGAGGGGCAGAGGGAGAGGGAUGUGGAGGGCCAGGGUUUUUUCUCCUCUCGAAUGGGCUGCCUGCAAGGGUUAUCUUCAGCUGGUAAACCCAGGGGUGGUCUUAUGAUGUCGCUUAGCACCCUGUCCAGAAAACGUGGGGGGAGGGAGGAGAGCUUGGCAUUCUUCGCUUUCCUGUAAUUAUAAAUCAUCCACUUUCAGAAUGGCCUUCUCUUUGCCUAAAAAGUCUCUUUACUUCCUUAGGGGCCCGUGUGAAGAAGAGCCAUUUGAUUUGAACCACUGGUGCUAUUUAGCAUGUUUUAAAGAUUGGAGCUCAAUUCCUUUUCACUGUACACCCUGUACAUGUUACUCCACUUCCAGGGGAAAUGCCAGGUCUUCUCGCAAGAGGAAUGCUCAGUCAUGCCAAGUGUCCUGUAACGUCGAUGUAAAUUCAACUUAUGUUCCUGAGGAAGAACUGAAGGCAGCAGAAAUAGAUGAAGAAAAUGUGGAGGAGGAUGGGCUGUCCCUGGGCAUGCAGGAGGGCGACUAUGUGUGCAAUGAAGAGACAGAGAUCAAAGAGGCCCAGAGCUACCAGAACUCCCCCGUCAGCACUGCGACGAACCAGGACGCCGGCUAUGGGUCGCCUUUCAGCGAAAACAGCGACCAGCUAGCCCAUUUCAAAAGCUCUUCCUCCAGAGAAGAGAAAGAGGAUCCGCAGGGUCCAGACAGCAUCUCCUACCCCCAGGACAGCUUGGCACAAAUCAAGGCUGUGUAUGCAAACUUAUUCUCGGAGUCCUGCUGGUCCAGCUUAGCUCUGGAUUUAAAGAAGUCCAGUUCCACCACCAGCAACAACGAUGUCGGCCAGAAGGAGGGCUCCACUCCCGCCCCUACGCCCCCCACCAGUACCACGGGGACCACGGGGACCACCGCGAGCACACCCAGCUCCAGCUCUGGCUCCAGCUCGGGCUCCAGCACCAGCACCAGCACCAGCAGCAGUGGCGGCUCGGGCUAUGACUGGCAUCAGGCGGCCCUGGCCAAGACGCUGCAGCAGACGUCCUCCUACGGGCUGCUCCCCGAGCCCAGCCUUUUCAGCACCGUGCAGCUAUACCGGCAGAACAACAAACUCUACGGCUCUGUGUUCACCGGCGCCAGCAAGUUCCGGUGCAAAGACUGCAGCGCUGCCUACGACACGCUGGUGGAGCUGACGGUGCACAUGAACGAGACGGGGCACUACCGUGACGACAACAGGGACAAGGAUUCUGAGAAGACCAAGCGGUGGUCCAAGCCCAGGAAGCGCUCCCUGAUGGAGAUGGAAGGGAAGGAGGACGCCCAGAAAGUGCUCAAGUGCAUGUACUGCGGCCACUCUUUUGAGUCCUUGCAAGACCUGAGCGUCCACAUGAUCAAGACAAAGCAUUACCAGAAAGUGCCUCUGAAGGAGCCAGUACCAGCCAUCACCAAACUGGUCCCUUCUACCAAAAAGCGAGCGCUCCAGGACCUGGUAUCCCCUUGUUCUCCCGAGCCAGCAGGAAUCGCUGCGGACGCUGCACUCAGUGAGUCCGCCAAGGAUCAGAAGACUGCCAACCCCUACGUGACGCCCAACAACCGCUAUGGCUACCAGAACGGUGCCAGCUACACCUGGCAGUUCGAGGCCCGCAAAGCACAGAUCCUCAAGUGCAUGGAGUGCGGCAGCUCCCACGACACCUUGCAGCAGCUCACCGCCCACAUGAUGGUCACCGGCCACUUCUUGAAAGUGACCACCUCUGCCUCCAAGAAAGGGAAGCAGCUGGUGCUGGACCCUGUAGUGGAAGAGAAGAUCCAGUCCAUACCUCUGCCCCCGACCACGCACACCCGGCUCCCCGCCUCCCACAUCAAAAAGCAGCCUGACUCUCCUGCGGGCUCCACGACCUCGGAAGAGAAGAAGGAGCCAGAGAAGGAGAAGGCACCGGCCGCCAGUGACGCGGAGAAGAAGAUCAAGGAGGAGAGCGAGGAUGGCUCCGAGAAGUUUGAGCCUACCACCCUCUAUCAGUACCUCCGUGAGGAGGACCUGGACGAUAGCCCCAAGGGCGGGGUGGACAUUCUGAAGUCCCUAGAAAACACGGUCUCCACCGCCAUCAGCAAAGCCCAGAACGGCGCGCCCUCGUGGGGCGGCUACCCCAGCAUCCACGCGGCCUACCAGCUGCCUGGCACCGUGAAGCCGCUGCCGGCAGUGCAGAGCGUGCAGAUACAGCCGUCCUACGCCAGCAGCGUGAAGUCGCUGUCCUCAGAGCACAGUGCCCUCCUGCACUCCCCGGGGAGCCUCACGCCACCGCCCCACAAGAGCAACGUGUCGGCCAUGGAGGAGCUGGUGGAGAAGGUCACUGGCAAGGUCAGUGUGAAGAAGGAGGAGAAGCCUGCAGAGAAGGAGAGGGGCUCCCCGGCCAAGGCCGUGUCCCCCGUGGCCAAAGAGAAUAAAGAUUUCCCUAGAACGGAGGAAGUCAGCGGCAAACCGCAGCAGAGGAAGGGCCCCGACACGGAGGUGGGCAAGGCCAAGAGAGAGGGCGCGGUGGACGCCCACACCCCAAAUGGCACCGAGCCUCUCAAAGCCAAAGUCACCAAUGGCUGCAGUACCCUGGGGAUCAUCACGGACCACUCCCCGGAGCCCUCCUUCAUCAGCCCGCUGAGCGCGCUGCAGUCCAUCAUGAACACCCACCUUGGCAAGGUGUCCAAGCCCGUGAGCCCCUCGCUCGACCCACUGGCCAUGCUGUACAAAAUCAGCAACAGCAUGCUAGACAAUCCCGUCUACCCCGCCACGCCCGGCAAGCAGGCCGACGCCAUCGACCGCUACUACUACGAGAACAGCGACCAGCCCAUCGACCUGACCAAGUCCAAAAGCAAGCCCCUGGUGUCCAGCGCAGCCGACUCCGUCUCGUCACCUCUCCGGGAGAGCGCCCUGAUGGACAUCUCUGACAUGGUGAAAAACCUCACGGGCCGGCUGACCCCCAAGUCCUCCACGCCCUCCACGGUGUCGGAGAAAUCGGACGCCGACGGCAGCAGCUUCGAGGAGGCGCUGGACGAGCUGUCGCCCGUUCACAAGAGGAAGGGACGACAGUCCAACUGGAACCCCCAGCACCUGCUCAUCCUGCAGGCCCAGUUCGCCUCGAGCCUGCGGGAGACCUCGGAAGGUAAGUACAUCAUGUCGGACCUGGGCCCUCAGGAGCGGGUGCACAUCUCCAAGUUUACCGGGCUCUCCAUGACCACCAUCAGCCACUGGCUGGCCAACGUGAAGUACCAGCUGAGGAGGACAGGGGGGACGAAGUUCCUCAAGAACCUGGACACAGGGCAUCCUGUUUUCUUUUGCAACGAUUGUGCCUCUCAGUUCAGAACUGCUUCUACGUACAUAAAUCAUCUAGAGACACAUUUAGGCUUCAGCUUGAAGGAUCUCUCCAAGCUGCCACUAAAUCAGAUUCAAGAACAGCAGAAUGUCUCGAAGGUCCUGGCUAACAAAGCUCUGGGCCCCGUGGGGGCCGCCGAGGACGACUUGGGCUCCACAUUCCAAUGUAAGCUCUGCAACCGGACUUUUGCGAGCAAGCACGCGGUCAAACUGCACCUUAGUAAGACCCACGGCAAGUCCCCGGAGGACCACCUGAUCUAUGUGACAGAGUUGGAAAAACAGUAGCGUCCAGGUAUGCAAGGGACCCCGGCACAUUGCACUAACGUCCUCGUACUGCACUAGGCCUGGCCUGAGCCUCCGAAAUCAGCCUUUCCUUUGUUGCCGAACUGCCUGUCUGGACCUUGGUUUUUCUUACACAUAUUUUGUAGUUAUAUUUAUAUGCUCUUUGUCCGAUUGUGCAUGUUAUUUUUCUUUUUCCGUGAGUCAAAGUCUGACCUUUAUUUUCAACAUCUGUUCUUGAUGUUAAGCUAUCUUUUGUAGGAAAUAGUGGGGCACACUACUCAGAGACAUUUAUUUAGCAGGAAAGAAAGACACAAAUAACAAUGACAAAAAGACAUCCUAAAAUUACAAAGUGGCCAUGACAAUAAAGGUCACAGAACCUAGUAGUGUUGAAUUUAACCCUUUGAGGACUGUAAUUGCAUUUCUGUGCCUUUCACUCAAAAAAAAAAGAAAAAAAGGCUUAAAGGCAUUUCAUUCAGAUCAAAAGCUGUGUCAGACACAAAACUUAUUUAAUAAUUAAAAAAUGAGCUUUUAUAUGCAGAACUGGUUUGUGAAGGAAACAUGCAUGCAGCUGUUGGAAGAUAGAAAGUUGUCUAGGACUCGUGGGGUUAGAAAGCCACAACUUUACACGUUUAAAACAAAAAGCAAAACAAAAAGAACUAACAACAGCAAACACCCCAUUUGCCACUAUGCCCAAACCCUCUGGAUGCUGAAAAAUGCCAUUUUUGGCAAAAAAAAAAAAACAGUAUGCAAGCUAUUAUUUAAAAAUGUGUAAAAAUGCUAUUUCCUUUUUCCUGUAAAAUACUGCGGUUUAUAGUUAUUUACAAAUGUAAGCUUUGGUACAAGCUGACCUUUCUAUAGCGUGCUGCAUUGGUAAAUGAAAAAAAUCGGGCACACGUCGGAGUCCUUUCCUUGUAAAUUGCCAGCAUCAGCUUAAAAACUCCUACAUGUUACAUAUCGUACCAUUUUAAUCUAUUCAACUUUCUUUGUACCUUCUGGCUGUAUGCUUUCUCUUUUAACUUUUUAUAUUGUCAUUUUAUAUUAAAUUUCUGUGUAUAUAAUGUAAAACCACAAUUUUUGAAUAAAAUUUAGUUCCUGCAGCUUGAUUUAAAUAGAGAAAUUUUACUGGCACCUGCAUCUUUCCAGAUGCAUGUAUAUCAGACAAAAAUAAAUAAAUGAAACGAAGCAAGCAAUGCACUAUUAAUUAUACAUUUUGAUGUUCUAUCAUUAAUAUUGUACAGUACAUUUUGGUUCACACAAUUAAAUCCACUGUUUUCUCAAAUGUAAAAUAAAGCCACAUGCAGUCCUUGA